AUAAUUUUGACAAAAAAGUUCAAAUUCUGCGCGUCACUGAAGCUAAUGUCACUAAACACAGGCGGUGUAAAGCCCCUAACAAUAGGAGAAGGCUGGCCUUUGAUAAUCAAAUGUUUAAGAACUGGAAAGGCAGGAAGAUAUACAAUCGAAAGGAGAAAAUCACUACUGAUCCAAUCAAAGCCUGGAAAGCCACUGUGAAGACCUUUAUUCGGAAAUAACUCUUUGGCAGAGUACCUUGACGAUUAUGAUUCCGAUCCUCAGGACUCGCUUAAGGAGAAAAUGGAGAUCUACUACAAAGAUUCCCAAAAUUACGCUAACAAGUUAAGGCAACUUUUCAAGGACAAGCCCAUUAUCACGAAGGAUAAAUGGAUGUCUUUUGAUCUAACUGAUCAGCAAAGCAGGACAAUGGACAAACAAAAUGCAAAUAAGAUUUGGAAGAAGAUAUCAGAUUUUGUAUUUUAUAAGCCUAAGAAGAGUGAAAUUUUGCAAGCUCUCAGCAAGAAGAAACCUAAUAAAUCAGGGAAGCCAAGGAGGAAUCAGUAUGCUAAGAGGUCUCUGAAAUCCAAGGGAGAUGAAAGAGGUGUUAAAACUUCAAAGAAUAUUACCGAGCCAGCUUGAUGAACGAACCUCAAGAGCCCAGAUUUCCUCUGUAGCCUGCCUGAGCCAGGCUCAGUGAAUCAGGCUGUACCGAUCAGUCCUUGCCAAGCCAAGCCUGCAGCUGCUAGGAAAUGAUUAAUCAUUAGGAAGUUGACUGACUACCUCAAAGAGCAAGAUGUUAUUCAUACUAGGCCAAAAAGAAAAAGAAAUACCACAAAUAAUGCUUAUAAAUACAUCAGACAAAGUCUUAAGCCGAGCAAGAAAUUCCAGCCCCUGCUUUCCAGAAACAAUAGCAUUAGCUUUGCUGAUGAAACAGAGACAUCUAUGGCAUCAAGCACUCCAGCUCAAAUAAUUUCCGGAGCAGAUCGGUUAAGACAAAGUCUUGAAUUCUUAAAGCAAAAUGUCAUUUCCAGCACAUCCCCGGUCAAUAGCCCUGAUCCUUGUAUUAAAAAGAGGACUAGUCUUGAUGGGACAGGAAAGACAACUCAAGUUGGCAGAGAUAGGGAAUUUUCAGACUACUCAAACCCAUUGUACAAGUCAAAGAGGUAUAAAAAGGCAUGGAUGAAUGAGUCUUUCAGCUUAACACUUUCUUGUCAACCGGAUCUCCCAUCAGGGAUCAGAAGUACAUGCCAAUAACAAUUUAAUAUCUUUAA